UAAAAUUUACUUAUGAAUUUUUCUACAAAUUUUUAACCGUAUUAUUUAUGUUUUUUUCGUUUGUAUCGUUUUAAUGUCAGUGUUAUCAUAUUUAGUUUAUGUCUACUCACUAUGCUCAGUGAUGGAUGUAAAAUAAUCUCUAAGCAUCUUCAGUGAAGAUGGCUGAAGCAUAGGCAACUAAAUCUUUCUUCAAUUUUGCUAUAAUCCUCAAAAUGGCGCCAAAAUUUCGACGCUUCAUUUUUCUCAAAAGCUUCCUAUGUUACCCAACAAAUAACGAAAUUAAGAAAAUGGAUAUUGAAAGAGAUUUCAAUGGCUUAAUUGAUUAUAACCUCAAGUGAUCUAAGGAAGUAGUCGCGUGCGAGAGGGUGGAGGCCCUGUUUGCAGAGGGUGUGAACGUGAGAGACUAAGUCGUGUCCGACGGAGAGAUCGCCGGAGCCAUUCAGGAGGGAUUUAGCGGCAGCGCGGAAAUCGUUGUAGCUUCGGAGGGUUUAUUGGACCGUGUUGUCCUUGAGACUCAUUAAAACGGCAUGUCAUUCGUCGUUUUGCAACUCAAAAAUGAUUCUUUUUUCACUUUUAUUAUUACUAUUUUCUCUUCGACGCGCCGCUCAAACUUGAUCUCUCGGAUGGUCCAAUGAAAAGCGUUCCCGGACCCGACGACGCCCAAACCCGAAACAGGAUCCGAAUUAAGAUCUUGCUGACGUCACUAUCGGCUAUGGUGGCGGAGGCUUCCACCUUCCCGAUAGACUUAACCAAGACGAGGCUCCAACUCCACGGCGAGUCUCAAUCGCUCUCCUCCUCCUCCAGGCGCCCCACUAACGCGCUCCGUGUCGCUUCCGAAAUUGUCCGUGAACAAGGCGUUUUGAGUCUGUAUAAAGGCCUCUCUCCAGCCAUUCUCAGGCAUCUAUUCUACACUCCCAUUCGGAUCGUGGGUUACGAGAAUUUAAGGAAUUCCGUGAGCUCCGAUAGGUCUCUUUCUCUGUCUUCUAAAGCUUUUGUUGGUGGCAUUUCCGGCGUUAUUGCUCAGUUUGUGGCAAGUCCAGCUGAUCUUGUUAAGGUGAGGAUGCAAGCCGAUGGCCGUCUGGUAAGCAGGGGUCUUCAACCUAGAUACAAAGGAUCAUUUGAUGCUUUAAAAAAGAUUGUAACCAUGGAAGGUUUUGGAGGUCUUUGGAAAGGAGUUUUCCCAAAUGUCCAGAGAGCGUUUUUAGUGAAUAUGGGGGAACUGGCUUGUUAUGAUCAUGCAAAACGUUUUGUUAUCAAUAAUCAGAUAUCUGAUGAUAACAUCUAUGCCCACACAUUGGCAUCGAUCAUGUCAGGUCUCUCUGCCACAAUGCUGAGUUGUCCGGCUGAUUUUGUGAAGACGAGAAUGAUGAAUCAAGCAGUCGGUAAGGAAGGAAAUGUGUUGUACAAGAACUCGUAUGAUUGUUUGGUGAAGACGGUGAAAGUUGAAGGAUUGACAGCACUGUGGAAAGGUUUCUUUCCAACAUGGGCAAGGCUUGGACCUUGGCAAUUCGUUUUCUGGGUCUCGUAUGAGAAAUUCCGAAAAAUUGCAGGGCUUUCUUCCUUCUGAACAAUGAGCUUAUGAGGAUUCCGAUGCCAGUACACUUGCAUGGUUAAAUUCAGUUUGCAUAUACCAAUGUGAAUGGGAAAAUUUCAGAUGCUAGUACCAGUUUCUCCCUUUGGCAAUUACUUGAAUAUCGGCAUUGGUCAGAGAUCAUAAAACCCUGAUGCCCCUUAGAAGUAACCAUCAUUUAGUGUCAAUGUCAUUCAAUUUUUUAGCACGGGAAAAGAUCAUAAAGGUGUAACAGAGUAAAUCUAUUAGUUAUUGGUUCAAUUUUCUCGAGGCUUUUUCCUUUUAGUUAUCUAAUAAGCUAGCAGGCAGUUACCAUUAUGGAAUUCAAACUUUUUGAGCAUUAUUUGUUAGCAAGUAAGCACUGACCUUUAUAAAACCCAAUAUUUACAGAAAUCUGCUUAUUGCUAAAUACAUUCACGCCUGAUUUGUAGUGUCAUACUCACCAAUUAUGCAAUGCAUUUCUACUUUGAGGGUCAGCUUCCUAUGUGGGUUUUUAUGGCAUUUUCCCCUAUAUGGUUGACCCUGUUGUGAUGUGCAGCUGCGAAUGGUGGCAAUGGGGCGUCUUGGGGUUUGAGGCCUUGGCCCUUGAGGGAAUGGGGUUUCGUUUCUCAAAUCUAAUGACUCUAUUACCAUAUAUUAAAGAAGGGAUCCAUUUCACUGUUACUGGGGCAGUGGUUUUUUUUUUUUUCAAUUUUUUUUUAUUUUUAAGGGACUGUUUU